AUGUUGACAGUGCAAUUUGGACAGUGCGGUAAUCAGAUUGGUGGUAAAUUAUAUUCUAAAAUAAUAGAAGACAUAAAGUCAACGCGUGGUAAUGAAUCAUCAAACCAUGAGUACGCUGAGAAUUCGACAGCCAAGUGGUUCCAAGGAACAUCAAAGUCGGGGAGUAUGUAUGCACGAGCUGUGUUAGUAGACACUGAAAAAAAAGUGAUAAACAAAAUAUUGAAGCAGAAAGAAGACAAGUGGUGCUACCGAGCCAGUAAUAUUGUAAGUACCGACUAUUCUUCAGGUUCUGCUAAUAAUUGGGCCUACGGGUUCGUGAAAAAGGGCCCUGAGUUCGAAGAGUCUGUUCACGAUGCCGUCAGGUACGAGUUGGAGCUCUCGGAUACAGUUGACAGUUUUCUGUGUCUGUCUGGCUGCGCUGGAGGCACUGGAUCCGGGCUGGGGAGUUUCAUCAUCCAGUCGUUGAGAGACGAGUACCCGAAGAAGAGUAUCCUGUCGACUUUGUUGCUGCCGUUUGGAUCUGGAGAGAUAGCUACGCAGAAUUACAACAUUCUGUUGAGCCUGGCUAAAAUAAUUGACAGCGCUGACAUGGUGGUGGUCAUGGAAAAUGACAAGUUGCAUGAUGAAGCUGUCAAGUUUGGUAAUUUAAAGUCGCAUGUUAGCUUCCCAAAUGACAUCAACGAGGUUGCGUGUCAAAAGCUCCUGUCAGUGUUACAAGCAGCCAAUGACGUGGACAAUAACUCGCUGAAUGAUCUGGAGCACAUGGUGUCCAAACUCGUACCGCAUCCAGCUUACAAGUUCACCAGCAUUGAAACAGUUCCGCUGGUCUUGCCGAGCAACACUAGUUUGUUGGAAAAAUCUUGGAGUGUUCAGAAGGAUUCUUCUAUUAAUUCUAUUAAUUGGCAGGCGCAGUUUAAAUAUUUGAGGCGCAAUUUACUGUCGGGGAAUUUAAACCAAAGACGUUCUUUGGCAAAUAUUUUGAUUACUAGAGGAGUUAAUAGUGACAAGGUAAAGAAGAAUAAUAAGUUGGUGUGUCAUCAGCUUGAUGAUCCGUAUAACUGCGACGAGCUGAUUAAAAAUGAUAUUUAUGCUCAGCUACACUGGCUGACAGAUUAUGACAAGUUCAGACAUUUUCAUCAGAAUCGGAGAUUGCUUAAUUAUGAUAAAUUUUCUUCUUUGAUAACUAAUAACUCAGCGGUUAAUAAAACUCUGGAUGUUAUUGUCAGCAAAGCCUGGAAUUCUUAUACUUAUGGAGCGUUUUUGCAUCAGUAUAAAAAAUUUGAGAUGGAAGAUGAUGAUUUUCUAAGUGCUUUUUCUAAAAUUGAAGGUGUUAUUUCUUCAUACAACGAAUUAGAAAGAUAG